CCGCGGCCCCCGAGCCCCGCGCGCAUGGAGCGCGCCCCGCCUGUCCGCAGCUCCGCGGCCGCCGGCUAGCCGGGCUGGGGGGCCGCUGCUGCCUUGCUCCUUCCCCCGCGAGCCGGGCCCCGGAGCCGCGGUGGGAGGAUGAGUCCCUGGAGCUGGUUCCUGCUGCCGACCCUCUGCCUCCUGCCCGCGAGCGCAGCCCCGCGGCGCGGCGCGCCCGCCUCCGCCUCCGCCGACUGCGGGCUCCAGCCCCAGCAAAGUGAAUUGAAUUCCUUCUUGUGGACCAUAAAGCGAGACCCACCGUCUUACUUCUUUGGCACGAUCCACGUUCCGUACACUCGGGUUUGGGACUUCAUCCCCGACAACUCCAAGGAGGCUUUUCAGCAGAGCAGCAUUGUGUACUUCGAGCUGGACCUCACGGACCCCUACACUAUCUCAGCCCUCACCAGCUGUCAGAUGUUGCCACAGGGUGAGAACCUCCAGGACGUGCUCCCCAGGGACAUCUAUUGCCGCCUCAAGCGCCACCUAGAGUAUGUCAAGCUCAUGAUGCCCUCGUGGAUGACCCCAGACCAGCGGGGCAAAGGUCUCUAUGCCGACUACCUCUUCAAUGCCAUUGCGGGGAACUGGGAGCGGAAGAGGCCCAUCUGGGUGAUGCUCAUGGUCAACUCCCUGACUGAAGUGGACAUUAAGUCCCGUGGGGUGCCUGUCUUAGACCUGUACCUUGCCCAGGAGGCCGAGCGGCUGAGGAAACAGACUGGGGCCGUCGAAAAGGUGGAAGAGCAGUGCCAUCCGCUGAAUGGGCUCAACUUUUCACAGGUCCUCUUUGCUUUGAACCAGACCCUCCUACAGCAGGAGAGCCUCCGAGCAGGCAGCCUUCAGAUCCCCUACACAACGGAGGAUCUCAUCAAGCACUAUAAGUGUGGGGACCUCAGCUCCGUCAUUUUCAGCCAUGACAGCUCCCAGGUUCCCAAUUUUAUUAACUCCACGCUGCCACCUCAGGAGCGGGUCACUGCCCAGGAGAUUGACAGCUACUUCCGCCAAGAACUUAUCUACAAGCGGAAUGAGAGAAUGGGGAAGCGGGUGAAGGCCCUUUUGGAAGAGUUUCCCGAUAAAGGCUUUUUCUUUGCCUUUGGAGCAGGUCAUUUCAUGGGCAACAACACGGUGCUAGAUGUCUUGCGGCGAGAAGGAUAUGAGGUAGAGCACGCCCCUGCUGGACGACCCAUCAGCAAAGAGAAGAGUCCAACAUCCUCCUCAGGGCCCGCCUCCGCGACCAUCUUUGCCCCUGAAGAGCCCGCGGUGGAAGCACCGGCACCGGCACCGGAAGCUCCUGCGGCUGCGGCGCGCGCCCUGUUGCCUCCUCAGGUGUCCCCGCCCGGAAGUGCCGACCUAGGUGGCGAGGCAGAGCGGAAGUUCCGGAAGAAGCGGAGGCGGCCGCGCCCUCAGCGAAGGCAGCGGCUUCGGCAGUUCAGCGAUCUGUGGGUCCGACUGGAGGAGAGUGCUGUGGUGCCACAGCUCCAGGUCCCUGUUCUGGAGAGGUACAUCUCUGCCGAGCUGCAGCUCCCUCACCAUGGGCAUUCCCACCACAGCCAGAUGGUGGCUAGCAGUGCCUGUCUGUCUCUCUGGACUCCUGUGUUCUGGGUGCUGGUGCUGGCUUUCCAAACAGAGACACCCCUCCUGUAAUGACUGGAGGAGUCACCCCUUGGACUUGAAGGAUCGCUGUUCUGUACUCCACACUCUGCUCUGGCCUGGAUAGGCCCAAUCCAGGAAGAAGGACAGAAUAAAAGUCAGUGUUGAUUCUUCUCUUUCUAAGAAAUGACUUUGGUUUAUUCAGCAGUGCUUGGGGUAGGUGUACAGUUUUGUAACAUAAUGAAUUGUAUGAAAAUAAUUAUAAAUGAAUUAUAUGAAAAUGA